CAGCGCCAAUUGGACGAGCAGAGUGUCAGCCGCGCAGCGAGCGAGGAGUGCGUUGUGAAAGCCCCGUGGUAGUAGCCGCCGCCGUUCGCCUGUUCAAUGCGUUCGCGUUGAGAGUGCUCGUCGCGCCUGGUGCCCAGCCGACGUAGUUAGUGAUGUCGCGUCUCGACUACUAGCCCGGUUGGUAGUGCCAGACUGUCCGCCCGUUGUGCCACUGUGCCCUGUAGUGUCGCGCCGCACUUCCGCGUCGUCCAGCCGUCCGCCCGCUGGCCGCCUUCGCCCCGAACACAUGCCCGCCGACCGGACGGACAUCUCGCCCGGCCUUCCACGACCGUAGCGGCGCUCCCAGGAAGACGACCGCCGCGUACCGACCACAGGAACCAAUGAAGCAAACGUGAGGACCAGUCCCGUGUUCGCGCUACAAAUUUGUGAUUCCGUAACGUUUCAUUGCCCGCGAAUUGAUUAAGCGCUGUGGUGGUGGAAACCCGAAGCAGCUGUGCUGUUGCCGGUUGUAGUUGCAUUGCGCAUAAAAAUCCGUGUUAUUUCAUCGACCCGUCCUCGUUUUCACUCGAUUCACACUAAAGCGAUGGAUCGAUCUUGUUCAGACAGUUGAAUUCAGUUGAUUUGCGUUAAGAGGGACAUAGUAGACGCCAAAAUGAGCAGCUACUAUUAUACGACGGUGUGGAAUUUCCGGGACUCCAGAUAUAAAAUGUCCCGAUUAUCGCAACUGUUCUAUACCGUCGAGGUGGGCGACACGAAAUUCACGAUCCUCAAGCGAUACCAGAAUCUGAAACCGAUCGGAUCUGGCGCCCAAGGAAUCGUCUGUGCCGCCGUCGACACGGUCACGCAGAACAAUGUAGCGAUUAAGAAACUGAGCCGACCAUUCCAAAAUGUAACGCACGCGAAACGCGCGUACCGAGAAUUCAAGCUGAUGAAGUUAGUCAAUCACAAAAACAUAAUUGGACUGCUGAACGCGUUCACGCCCCAGAAGUCCCUCGAAGAAUUCCAAGAUGUGUACCUAGUCAUGGAACUAAUGGACGCCAAUCUGUGCCAGGUGAUCCAAAUGGACCUGGACCACGAACGGAUGAGCUACCUGCUCUAUCAGAUGUUGUGCGGCAUUAAGCAUUUACAUUUAGCCGGCAUUAUUCAUAGGGACUUGAAACCAAGCAAUAUUGUAGUUAAAUCGGACUGUACGCUAAAGAUAUUGGACUUUGGAUUAGCGCGGACGGCGGGCACGACGUUCAUGAUGACGCCCUACGUUGUCACCAGGUAUUACCGCGCGCCCGAGGUUAUCCUCGGCAUGGGCUACACGGAAAACGUCGACAUUUGGUCCGUUGGUUGCAUCAUGGGCGAGAUGAUUCGAGGAGGAGUGUUGUUCCCGGGCACAGAUCACAUCGAUCAGUGGAACAAGAUUAUUGAACAACUGGGGACGCCUUCGCCACAGUUCAUGGUGCGCUUGCAGCCGACCGUGCGCAACUACGUGGAGAACCGCCCGCGCUACUCCGGCUAUCCGUUUGAGAAGCUCUUCCCUGAUCUUCUGUUUCCAUCCGACAGCAGCGAGCACAAUAGACUGAAAGCCAGCCAGGCGCGCGACCUCCUUUCGCGAAUGCUGGUCAUCGAUCCUGAGCGGCGAAUAUCCGUCGACGACGCUCUGCUCCAUCCCUACAUCAAUGUGUGGUAUGAUGAACAGGAGGUGAACGCGCCUGCGCCGGCUUCAUAUGACCAUAGUGUUGAUGAGCGAGAGCACACCGUGGAGCAGUGGAAGGAGCUGAUCUACCAAGAAGUCAUGGAGUACGAGAGCUCCCACAACACGCGAGCCUCGUCUUCAUCGCAGCCUAGCCCUGCCUCAGGCUCCGAGCCGAACGGCACCGACAACUUACGGUAGACCAGGGUCUGAUUUGAGCACAAGUUGCAAUUACGACUAGUCUGAGAAGCGCUAUAUGCAGCAGCCGUUAAGAACUACGAGUACAUACAUAAGUAGCAUUAGACACUAACAGAGAGAGCGAGUCGGAAGGGAGUGCGAGAGAUUCACAUUUAAAAAAUAUUUAAGCGAGCAUUACAUACAAGUUACAAUCAUGAAAAGGCAAUGACGACGCGCGAGGACGUGCACGGUUACAUAAUUAAGCGUACACGGAAAGACGACGACGACGGCCGAGAGUUCUUUAGCAUUAAACAAAACAAAGUUAACGAUACACUUCAACACGGGUCCUUUUCAAUUAACUUAACACAUACAAUCGCAUUGAUCAAUUACGAACUAGUUUCGGGAGGCACGCCACGCUCCGCUGGCGCCGUCGCUAGCAUGCUGAUUGGCUACCGGUAAUUAACAAAUAUAUUGAUGACGAUAAUAAUGCCACGUUUCGCCGUCAUACACGGGCGGAACGGCGACACACAAACCAGACAUCAUAUUGCAAUUUGUAUGUGAAUAUAAAUAAAAUAUAGUGUGAAACAUGAACAUUAUUAAAGCAUAAAUCUAUUGUAAAAUAUACAGAUGCAAUGGACACAAAACGUUAAGCAUAGCUAACGAAUGAAAGAUGAACAUUCUUAAUCCAUAUGUGUGAUAUUAAUAAAAACGUUAUACUGGAUUAUUUAAAAAUAAGAUAUAUAUGAUAAGAUAAAUUAAUUCUGGCUGCAUACUUUUGGAGGUACAUGUAUAAAUUGAUUCAUUGCUGAGGGUGUGAAGAUGGUGUCUAGCGCUAUGAUUCACGUGUAUGAUGAUAAUAAUGAUGAUGAAAGCAAAUGUUGUUUGUGUACUUUAGCCAGUUAGGAGGCGAUCAAUUGAAACUUAGAUUACAAUUACAAGACAUGGUUGCAAUAAGUGCAAUUUACUUGUGGUUUGAUUUCGCGCGUUUGCAUGACGAUGGCAUGAUUAUUACAUGAUUACAAUUAUCGAUAAGUUAUUCAAGUGUACUGUGUAAUGAGUAAUUUAUAAUUAAAAAGAAACAUUUUGUAUUUGUGGCGCUAUGAUGAUGAGAUUGCAUGCAUACAAAUGGGAGAAGAGUUUUAAGCUAACAUAAACUAAUGCAUACAAGUAAAGUAAAAACUAAGAGCCGAAGCAAUAUUUUUCAUACAUUACAUUAAUAUGCCGACUUGAAAUACAAAAAAAAAAGCAAGCUAAUAGCAGCCGAAUGAAAUUUCGUGUGACUUUUAGUUUCACAUACCACGGUUUCACUGUCUCGCUCGGGGCGGCGGCCAGGAGCCUCCUGGCACCUGACCAUCGUCCUUCCAUCAAAGACAAUACGAUUUCCUAUGCAUGUUCGACUUCUUUGCGCACCCAAGAACCGAAAAUUGUUUCCACGGCGUUGAAAUAAUCACUAGGAUAAUAAAUUAAUUGUUUACUACGAGUUGAAAUUUGAGCAUUUGAACAUAUGAGUGGUGAUGGCAUUGAUUGAGAAGUGAGCGAAGGGCGAAACGGCAUAGAACAUUAAGAUGAAUAUUCUUAGACUAGCGAACAUAUUAAUAUAAUAAUCAGUAAAGAAAGAACUAUUAUUAAUGAAUGAAUUAAUUAUUGAUAAUUGCAAGGAAAGCGAUGGGUAGUUUAAUACCGUGCCAUAAAUAAGUACACAUGUAAACGAUUUGAUUACAAAGCGACGGUGGUUGAACGCAUGUUCAUGCAAAAGUUAGCACCCGCACUGGACACCGGCCAUCGAUAGCCGGAGAAGGGAGCCCCCGACCAGCCUGCACUCCGACACCCACCACCCGCUCGAACGACUUUUGUAGCUCUUCGAAUUUUUGUUCACGAAGCUAGAGCAAAUCGAUGCGAACGCGAUGCAAAUGUACCCUAAUUAUCACUAAUUUAACAAAUAAGUUACUUCAUACUAUGUAAUUGCAUAUUGUACGUGAUCCGAUCCAAUAUUACAAAAUAAUAAACAAGUAACUACAUUUAGGCGAAAUGAAAACAAACAAGAAUACAAACUAAUUGUAUAAAGAUUAAAAUUAAUCGGCGACAUUUUAGUGAAUUUUUGUAGCGAUAGAAUGGAGCAGCGCAACACAACAAUUACGACUAGAUUAUUGUUUAGAUUCCAUUCGUUUUUAUGUGUUAUUUAUUACUUAUUUAAUUCACGGUUCAUGCGAGCAAAGCGAGAUUGUUUAAACAUUUGAAUGCAAUUCAACUGUCUGAUCCGAUUCAGGCGCAAUGCAAACAAGUCGACUGUCUGAUCUUACGGCCACCUUGGCCAAGGUUGCAAAAAGAAACAUACGUGAUAACUUGAUUUACUUCUACUUCUCCUAAUCUUAAUAGUGGAAACGUGAAGAACUCAACCUUACUAAACCAUUUUUAUUAAGUAAAGAAAUUAAAUGUUUGUGUAAUUUAAAGGAGGACUUGAAUAGAAAAUAAAAAUUACGAUAGAA